UAUAAAUGUUAUAAAAGUCUAUUGUAUUAUAAAACUAAAACAAAUGUUUGUAUUAUAAUAAUUAUAAGUCAAUUCAUCAAUUAAUUUGAUACCCGAUUACCACCCGAUAAGUGGCCACUACUGAUAAGACACACGAUGGCAACCAUGGCAUCGCCAUAUAGGGCACAGUUUAAUACACCCGCCGGUGGAGGAGGAGGAGGCGGUGGUGGCGGCGGCGGCGGAGGAGGAGGCCCGCCGUCACAGUAUCACAAAGGCUAUCGCCAGCCGAUGACCAGUUUCUAUGUAUUUCAACCGCGACCGCCAGUGGCCAAUACAUAUCAGGCUACCGAAUUUGAUGGGAAACGUUUGCGUAAAGCCAUUGCCCGCAAAACAGUCGACUAUAAUUCGUCGGUAAUUAAGAUGUUAGAGUCAAGAGUCUGGCAACGGGACGAACGAGAUUUUCCCGCUAUUAAUCCCGAUGUUGGCUACUAUACAGAGAUGGUACCGCCGUUGAAUAUGUUGGACAAUCCAUCCAAUUGUAUAACUACAAAGUUUGUCCGAACAUCGACCAAUAAGAUGCGUUGUCCAAUAUUUUGUGUCCUCUGGACACCCGAAGGUCGACGACUGGUUACGGGAGCUUCGAGUGGAGAGUUUACUCUAUGGAAUGGAUUGACAUUCAAUUUCGAGACCAUUCUUCAAGCUCACGAUAGCGCCGUACGGGUAAUGGUCUGGAGCCGUAGCGACAACUGGAUGGUAACUGCCGACCAAACCGGUUAUGUCAAGUACUGGCAAAGCAAUAUGAAUAAUGUGAAGAUGUUUCAGGCGCACAAAGAGCCGAUACGGGCCAUCAGUUUUUGCCCAACCGACCAGAAAUUUGCUACCUGUUCCGAUGACGGUACCAUACGUAUAUGGGACUUCCUCCGGUGCCACGAGGAACGUAUACUCCGUGGACACGGAGCCGAUGUCAAAGGUGUCGACUGGCAUCCGUACAAGUCGUUGAUAGCUUCGGGCAGUAAAGAUAGUCAACAGCCAGUAAAACUAUGGGAUCCUAAAUCUGGCCAAAGUUUGGCCACUUUACACGCUCACAAAAAUACUGUAACCGAUAUCCAGUGGAACCAAAACGGCAAUUGGCUGCUGACAUCAUCGAGAGAUCAUUUGAUUAAGAUAUUUGACAUCAGAAACAUGUCCACCGAAUUGCAGACAUUCAGAGGACACAAAAAGGAGGCCAGUUGUAUUUCCUGGCAUCCAAUUCAAGAGAGUCUGUUUGCCAGCGGUGGCUCCGAUGGAUCUAUACUGUUCUGGUUAGUCGGAACCGAAAAAGAAGUGGGCGGUAUGGAAACGGCUCACGAUUCUAUAGUCUGGUCAUUGAAUUGGCAUCCAUUGGGACACAUAUUGACCUCAGGAUCUAAUGAUCACACCUGUAAAUUUUGGACUCGCAAUCGUCCCGGAGAUAAAAUGCGAGACAAAUAUAAUCUGAAUUUGUUGCCCAAAGGCACCGAAGAUACCGAAUACGACGAUGUAGUCACUGCACCGGCCAUUCCGGGUAUGGGUUUCGGUGAUCACGAAUACGAAGAGGAAGAGGACGCCUCAUCUAACGCCAUGAAUGGCCAGUCGGCGGCGGCGGCGUCGUCGUCAUCGAUGGCUGCGAUUCCCGGAUUUGGUUUCAUUAGUGACAACGAUGACAAUAGGGAACAGAUACGUAAGGUGCCCUACGCCAAGCCUAUACCCAAACAAUUUCAACAGCACUGGGAUGGAGAUCCUAAAAUGGGUGGUGGAGGCGGUGGAGGUGGGGGUCCAAAUACAAACGAUCACCCGAUGAUGAUGAUUGUCGAUCAAAAACCAAAUAUGAAUCCUAAUACUAAUACUAUUGAUCCAAAUUUGUUGAUAAGAAAUCAUAAUAAUAAUAAUAAUUUGAAUAAUAAUACUAAUAGUAAUAAUAAUAAUAUGAAUCAAAAUUUAAUGCCACCUCCGCCUCGUUUCGGUCCCGGACCACCACCGCCGAUGCCGCCACCUCGUCCACCAUUUAUGCAGUCAGGCGGUGGUCCACACCCUGGACUGCCAAUGCAAGGACAUCCUAACAAUAAUAAUAAUAACAAUAAUCCAAACAUUCCGCUACCGUUUAUGCAGCAGCAAAACAAUCAGCUGCCGCCACCACCGUCUAUGCCAAUGCCGCCGCUGCCGCCAUCGAUGUUACCACUGGGAGCUCAUCAACAACAACAACUCAACGACAGUCAUAGUUUUCAUCAUAGUUUGUCACAUCAUCACCAACAACAACAACAAUCAAAUCAUCGACAACAACAACAACAAAACAUAAAUAUGGAUCGACCCAUAUCUCCGCCACAUUCGAGUCGCGAUACUGACGACAGGUUUCCAAUGAUAGCGGUUAACCAUUUUGACGAAGAUCUUCGCGGACACAAACGCGACAGACCUUAUGAUGAUCAGCAACAACAGUACAACAAUAGAAACUAUAGGUUUAACGAUAGAGAGCAUAGAGGAGGUGGUGGUGGAGGAGGAGGUCCUGACUAUGACGAUGUAAAGCCUCCCCGACGUGAUGACCGAUGGGUCGGCGGCGGCCCUGGAGUUCGGGAGGACAAUGACAUUGCUUUCAGAAAUAGUAGUAAUAAUAAUACCAAUAAUAAUAAUAAUAUUAAUACCGAUCAAGAUUUUAGGUCAAGAAAGGGCAACAAUAGUAACAACAAUAUCUGGAAAAAUAAUAGGAUAUCACCUAAUAAUGGUGACGUUCCCCAAAGGGAUCCCCGGGACAGACACCCCCGGGAUAGGGAUCGCAUGUACUAACUAACUAACUAUCCCUAUGAUUAUUAUUCAACAAUUAUUAUUAUUUAACUAUAUUUUAUUUAUAAUGAAUAAUUCAUAUGUAUGUAUAUGUAUGUGUUUAAGCAAAAA